AUGCCUGGCAGAACAAGACAACCGCGAGCCGCCUCUCAGCGCUCCCGUUUAAACCAACUCCUUCGCGGCCAAACUCAGAAAGCUGUGAAAGGCCAAAUCGAACGGGAAGACUCCGAUGACGAACUUGGCGAUGAAGACAUCCCCUGGACAUGGGUCUACCCUGAUAAUGGCCCUCUCAGUCCCGUAUCAUCUAAUAAAGCGCCUGCUGGUAGCCCGAAUGCCAAAAAGCGUCGGAGGGAUGGUUCGCCUGUCAAUCAAUCCGAGUCUAUAGAUGCAAAGCCGAUUGGUGCAAAGAUUGGUACCUUCGAAUGCCGGAUUGGAGAUGCUAUUCUUUUAAAAGCGGAAGGACAAAAGGCUGCUUGGGUCGGCCUUGCAGUUGACUUUGACACCAUUGAGGACGAAAUGCGGGCUCGUAUAAUGUGGUUUAGCAAUCACUCCGAGAUUCGAAACCGCACCAAGAAAAGGACAGAUCAUCUUCCGAACGAGCUCUAUAUUACCCCGACUUUCGACUGGAAUCCCGUGGAAUCCAUCAAUGGUAAAGCUGAAGUUCUCUCGGAGAAGGCAUUCAAAGCAGAGUUUCCAAAUGGGGUUCCGGCAAAGUCGCCGAAAAAAGGCAAAGUUUUCCUCUGCAGGAGGGCGUGUGACGUCCGUCCUGCUCGCUAUUCUGAAGAAUUCGACUGGGAUGAUCUAUACUAUGGUGAAACCACAGAUUUGGAAAAGCUAAAGGAUUGGGUUAAGGAAAACACAUCUGCAAGAUCUUCUAGAAAGUCAAAGGAUACAGACUUCGAAAUGCAUGUUGACAGUUCUGAAGGGGAGGAGGAUGGUGAUUUUGACGAAGGGGCGUCUGGCGAAGAUGAACUAAAAGCACCGAGGACCCCUCGAAAGAAUAAGAAGCGCAGAAGAUCUGUGACGACUCCGCGAGCAAAGCCCACGAUUUCUAAAAAGCUCGUAACUCCGUCACAUAGAAAGAUCACGGCAAAGAAAGCCUUGACUUUCACGCCAUUAUCUCUAAGGACCAUUUCGCCAGCCACACAUCUUGCGAGUCCAUACCAGAUCGCACGAAACCGCCUCCACGUUUCCUCAGUUCCAGAUUCUUUGCCGUGCCGUGAAACCGAGUUCGGCACAGUUUAUGCCCAUUUACAUGAUGCCAUUACUACUGGUUCUGGCAGUUGUAUCUAUAUCUCUGGUACGCCAGGGACGGGCAAGACUGCGACAGUUCGUGAAGUUAUUGCCCAACUACAGGUCCAAGUGGAAGAAGAAGAAAUCGAGGAUUUUAUCUUUCUUGAAAUUAAUGGGAUGAAGAUCACAGACCCACACCAAAGCUACUCUUUACUUUGGGAAGCGAUUCAAGGUGACUCGGAAGGCCCAGCGAGAGUUGCACCGAAUCACGCCUUGAAUUUGCUCGAGAGAGAGUUUAGCACACCAAGUCCUAGAAGGGUUCCUAUCGUCGUCUUGAUGGAUGAGUUGGACCAAUUGGUGACAAAGAAUCAGAGUGUGAUGUACAACUUCUUCAACUGGCCCAGCAUGACGCAUAGUAGGUUAAUUGUGCUUGCCGUGGCGAAUACUAUGGAUCUGCCGGAGAGGACCCUAAGUAACAAAAUCUCGAGUAGACUUGGCCUUACUCGAAUUACGUUCCCUGGGUAUACGCAUGAACAACUAAAGAAAAUUAUCGAGUCUCGUCUUGAGGGCGUCCCUGGCAAUAUUGUCCAGCCCGAUGCCAUCCAGUUCGCUGCCCGUAAAGUAGCGGCUGUUAGUGGUGAUGCUAGGAGAGCUUUAGAUAUCUGUCGACGGGCGGUGGAACUUGUUGAGCAGACUAAUUCCGAUGUAGUACCACCAACACCGUCGAAGUCUGGUAGAGGAAAGGUUGCUGGAGCUGUGGUUCCUGGGCCGGCAAAGGUUACCAUUCAGACGGUAAUUAAAGCUAUCAACGAGGCGACUCACUCUCCGCUACAGAUGUACCUGAAGAGCCUGCCGCUCAGCGCCAAAGUAUUGCUUGCCGCAAUUCUCGGACGGAUGAGACGAUCUGGAGUGAACGAGAACAUCAUGGCGGAUGUGAUUGAGGAUGCCGAAACGCUAGUCAGAAUGACCGCUAGUGCGAAUGUUACUGAAGCUUUGCUGGCUAGAGAUGGUGUUAAUGUAGGGGAUAAGAAGGAAGAUAACAUGUUCUUGACACCCAGAAAGGGCGGAAGGGCGCAGACGUAUCGACCCGGUGAUGAAGACCUUCCGAGAGUAAAGGGUUUAGUGUCUGCCGCAAUGGGUUUAGCAGAAGGGGGUAUUCUGGGGCUGGAAAUGGGGAGGAGAGGGGAGAGGGCUGGGAGAGUGAGGUUGAAUAUUGGCGAGGAGGAAGUAAAGGCUGCAUUGAAGGAUGAUCCUGAUGUUGGGGGUAUGGGAUUUAACGGUUAG